AUGACGUUUAGCGCGCGGGCUGGAGUGAAAGUGAGCGGGCCCGACGACCUCUUUUCAGGACCUGUUCAACAGAUGAAGUCGGCUUCUCGGAGUGAUAAGUCAGCGAAGCCUACAGAAGCUCAGGGAUCAGGUCCCGGUGAUUCUUACCGAGAAAAGCGGAAAGAGGGGGCGAGUGAGGAAAGAGAAAAAGCAAGGACUCCCGUUGCAUCGCAAAGAUCCGAUGGAGAAAGGCUUCCCAUGAGCAUUCACAGCAGACCAAGAGCAUCCAGAACGUCCAGCACACGAUCAUCGAGCAAAAGUGUGAAGAGCUCCCGAAAGGAGAAGUCGGCAGAGCAUGCCAAAAGAUCUUGUGUAUGUUGCUGUAAGAGGUCAUCGAAAAACAAGAAAUCGCAGUCAAGAAGAAGUGAUGGCUCCUGGAGAUCUGGUAGAUCUGGAAAAUCUGGCAAAUCUGGAAAAUCCGGAAAGUCAGGAAAAUCAAAGAAAUCGGGAAAGAAUUCAGAGAAAUCGGGAAAAUCAUGCAAAUCUGGGAAGUCAGGCAAAUCGAGAAAAUCUAGAAUAUCUUGCUCAUUCCGAAAGGCUAAAAAAUCGAAAAGCUCAUCCACUAGAUCGCAGGGGUCCGAAAGGAAUGUUAGUGAACGGUCAAAACAAAGGAAGAUCCGAUCGAAGAAAUCUCAUUCGCGUC